CUUCAAAACCUGUCGGUGGGAACUUGUGCGACACACUGCCGGCUUCAGAUCCACCGAUGAAGCGUUCCACAUAUCGCUGUGUGUUGAUGUGAAAACACCCAGACACGAUGUAUAGGUUCAUUAAGAUGGCUGGCUCUGCAGCUCACACUUGUGGAAUACUCCUGGAUUACAGCAGAAACACUCCUUUCCUCCUCUGGGAUUAGACGCGGUGUUUUUUGUGGGUUUUUGAAAUCAGCCUGCAGCUUUUAGUCCUCUAACACACUUUGCUGACAUGAAUUCGUGGUACAUCUUUAUUGAAGUAGUAAUCGCGGUUCUCUCCAUAUCCGGCAACAUACUGGUGUGCUGGGCUGUAGCGAUCAACACCACCCUGAAGAACGCCACCAACUAUUUCCUUGUGUCUCUAGCUGUGGCUGAUAUUCUGGUGGGGUGCCUCGCCAUCCCCUUUGCCAUCACCAUCAGCAUCGGCAUCCACCUGGACUUCUACGGCUGCCUCUUCUUGGCCUGUUUUGUUCUGGUCCUUACGCAGAGCUCCAUCUUCAGCCUUCUUGCUAUUGCUAUUGAUAGAUAUCUGGCCGUGAACAUUUCUCUGAGGUACAAGGAGUUGAUGACGGGAAAGACCGCCCGAGAGAUCAUUGCUAUUUUAUGGAUCCUCUCCUUCGUAAUUGGCCUUAUUCCGUUCUUUGGAUGGAACUUGAAGCACUCGAGAUGCAACAGCUCUUUGGUGGACAACAUUACGAACACCAGCAUCGGGGAGCAGGGGCCUCGGGGGGCCGGAGACUUACUGCAGAGCUGCCACCUCGACUGCUUCUUCGAGAGCGUGGUGGACAUGCACUACAUGGUCUACUUUAACUUCUUUGUGUGCGUGCUGCCGCCGCUGCUCAUCAUGCUGGGCAUCUACCUGAAGAUCUUCACCGUGGCCAGGAAGCAGCUUAGACAGAUCGAGCUGAAGUGUGUGGGAAACGGGGACAGCCACCACCACGGGCUGCUGCAGAAGGAGAUCCGUGCCGCCAAGUCCCUCUCCAUCAUCGUCGGACUAUUUGCCAUCUGCUGGCUGCCCGUCCACAUCCUCAACUGCCUCACACUGUUCUACAAAGACCUGGACAGGCCAGAAAUCGUCAUGUACGUGGCCAUCAUUCUGUCUCACGCCAACUCUGCGGUCAACCCCAUCAUCUACGCCUACCGCAUCCAGGACUUCAGGAACACCUUCCAGAAAAUCCUGACCCGACACAUCCUAUGCCGCAGGGAGGAGCUGUACCACAGCUCCAACGGCAGCAGGCGCAACAGAGACCAAAUCCACAUGACCAUCGACCCUCUGCUAUAGAGAGUCGGACUGAGUCUUUGACUCUCACUGAGGUCUAAAAUGUUUACAGAACAAGGGGAUGAUAUGUGAAGAUGAACUGAGAAAACACGCCUUAAAUGUUGACAUUUAUUUAUGAAUCAGCGGUUGGGCAGUGAAACGUUGAAUGGCGAGUCUUACCUAACCCUCGCACCGUGAAGGAUUUAAAAAAAACAUGUUGAAGCUAACUGGAUUUGUAGGACUGGGAACAGGAUCUAACCCACAUUCUAUCAUGCUAUUUAUCAUUCUGAAGCCACUCCGUUUCAACUCUAAACACCUUUUAUGCCCUGCUAUUUUAUAUUAUCAACAGUGUUUAUUAAUUUAUUUAUUAAAAGACCGUGUCUUAUGAGAAUGUAGGGAUCAAAAAACGUUGUGUGGCUAUAUCUGUGCUCGUGGACCUAGAGAGGUACAAUAGUAGUCUACAUCUGUUGUUGUUUUUGCCUUGUGGCCGUUUAAAUAUUAUUUUAUGCUCAUGACCAUCACAAGCUCAAUAUAGAUGAAGUGUAACACAUUUUGAUAAUCAGCCUACAGAUUCAACAAUUCCACUUCUAUUUUGUUGGCUUGUCUGUAUGGUCAAAUAUUCUCAAAAGUAAAUCUGUUAAACCACUACAGAGUUAAAUGUAGUAAUGAGCAUUUGAAAUUAAAAAGAUACUUCAUAAACUUCUGAUAGGCGGACUAACGGAAGAAGAAGAGAUUUUCUUUAACACAGUAUCUUUACCAAGCAGACAUGUUGUUGAGCUGUACCUUCAACUUUGCACCAGUGUGACUUUCUCCUGCUUGAGUGAAUAGUCCAAAACAAAAGCAUAUAUUGGAAAAUGCCUAAAACCAAAUAAGAACCAGGGGAAAAUGGAAACAUAAACAAAAAAAGCCAAAUUGCUCUGCUUAUCCCAUGAAUCAUGCCCCUUCCCAAAAUAAUUGUGUGACCCCUGUGUGCUAAAAGCCAGAGAAAAGCAAAGUUUGUGGGUAUUUAAAAAAACAGCACGAUUUGAUUACGAUACGCAGCCCAAGAUACAAGAAGGAAUUUAGUAAAACACACCUCCAGAGCUGCUUCAUGUGAUUCCUGGGAACAUUUCUUUAGAAUGCAAAUGCUCAGGCAGUAUAGAAAAUCUGGCAUCGACAAGCCAGUGUCAAAUUUGAUGCCUCAAAUCAAUGCAAUUUAUAUACUGAUUUAUUAUCAGAGCUUCUGUUCACAUGCAUCUAGUGGCUUACAUCAGUCAGUCUGGUGUAAAUGAAUGUCACUUACUGACAGACCCCACCCCCCCCUUCCCUCUCAAAGUCAGACAGUCUCAGCUGGGAUCCUCAGGCUCUCUCCGCCCCGUUACUCUGUUCUCCACAAGCUGCUGCAGUCUCUCACUGACCUGAGAUCAGCUGAACUUGAAAAAACUGCUUCAAGAGUUAACCUCUAAAACAUAUUGCACUGAGGACUAAUCAAACUGCUAAUGGGCUGACAAUUUUAACUCUUCCAUGCCUGCAAAGAUGGGUCUUGAAUAGUUUAAUUUAGCCCCCCAAUAAAACCUAGAUAUUAUUUUUAGUAUUAUGACCUUUAAAGGUAAAAAAGAAAAAAAGGGGGGGGGGGGACCUGAGAAAAUACCAAUCAAUCUUAACACAGACCAGAUGUGACUUUUUUCUACUGAAUAUAUGAAUUGAAUCUAAAAGAAUUCUUGGACCAUCACACCAUUCUUUAUUUUAUUUUUACCUACAUCCGAAUAUACCCGUCAUACGACUGAUAUUUUCUCUGAGAGGAAAAACGUGUUCCUGUUUGCACUUAAAGGUGCUGGCAUGCAGUCUGCCCGUUUGAGGCAACACAGCUGCAGCACCGAGUCAAAUCUUAACGCACCUGAUGCUUUACAUCAUUUUUUUGCAGGGGGGUGUGCAUGUUCCCAUUGAGCUUAUGAAACAGAGCCGAGAGCUGAUGAAUCACCCAGACAGGGGUUGGUGUUUGAAUUCGUAAUGUGAAAGAAAUGAGGGUGAACCUGAGAGCCAUCACUACACAAAUGAGAAAACACAUUGCACUGACAUUGUCCCGUAUUUCCCAUGUUGGUGUGCUUCAUUGGUGUUGGUGUGUUGGUGUUGCCUUCACUGCUUCACUAUCCCCCCCCGCCCCCCACCAGUGUACCACCUCUCACUAACUCCAAGGGCUAAAAACGGGAGUGUCCCAAAGUGUAUGUACAUUCCAAUGGAGACAUCUAUACUGUAACUGCACUGUGACGUUGUAUUGUUGUCGUUGUUGUGUAAACAAUAAGUACUGUAGGUGUCCGACUUUCUACAAGCUAUUGAUUGAUGUCAAACUAUUGCCUUCUUUUGUGAUUUUAAAUGUGAGACAGACAAAACCGGGUUGAUCUUAUUCAACAUUCCUGCCUUUCAUUCCCGAGUACCUGUCGGUGUGCUGUAGUGUCGUUACUAAUCAGGAAGCAUCCACUGUGGUCAGCCUUCUCCCGUUCAUCCAACACAACUGAUAUCGCUAUUUAACAUGAUGCAAUCUGUAUGUACGGUGAAUUAUUUUGUUAAUAAAGGCAAUGUUUAUAUUGUUAAA